GAUACAAUAAGAUUGCUUGAUUUAUUAGAAGGUCGGCCAAUUUAUACACGGUAGUAGGGCACUUUAGCGGAACCAGGUCAAAAUGGACGGGAAAAUUAUACACUAACUGGCUACUAAGUUUGCGCUGUCGCUUUCUCUCCACAUGGUAGACAUUUUGCUUCCGCGGGCGAGAAUCGACAGUUGCUCGUUUGGAAAUCUAAUUUGCAUACAUUUGAUGCCAAUAGCUCUCGUAACAAACAAGCCAGUUCUCAAAGAGUCCAAAUUGAGUAGUCAUGGAACAGCUCCACAUAACUCCGCCAUAGACACACCAGUUGCUGGAGUACCAAAAAGCUGUGAUGACAGUAUUUUAAUUGAUCCACGACAAUCGGUGGCAUAUGGAAUGCGUGAUCGAAAUUUUCUGGUGCUUGAUAGCCAAUAUACUACAAGAGUGAAACGCUACAAGUGAAAUGCUGUGAUAGUAAUUUUUCUUAAAUUUCCAUCUUUUAUAUGCAGUUACAUUAAGAAGCUCAUAGAGGACAGAGCUGUUGGUGAGGA